GAACAAACAAAGGGCGGCAGCCUUUUGCAACUUACAAGCUGUGUAGAUAUAUAUGCAGCUGCGCACACACGACAAGGAACAAUCCUCACAAGAUGGGCGCGUCACACGGACACGCGGUCCUGCUCGUGGUCCUCCUCCUCGCCGCGGCAGCAGCAGGAGCUUCGAAGCAGCAAUGCCACGACGACGACAGGGCGGCGCUGCUCGCCGUCAAGUCGGCCUUCCGCAACGCCUCCUACUUCGUGUCCUGGACGCCCGACAUCCCGUGCUGCGAAUGGUUCGGCGUCAGCUGCGACGCCUCCGCCACGGGCCGCGUCGUCAGCCUGGCCAUCAUGCGCGACGCCAACGUCACCGGCCCCAUGCCCGGCGCAGCCAUCGCCCGCCUCACGCGCCUCCAGGAGCUGAUGCUGUUCCACGUGCCCGGCGUGUCCGGCACCAUCCCCCUCUCGCUCGCGCGCCUCUCAGGCCUCAGGGAUCUCACCAUCUCCCGGACCGGCGUGUCCGGCCCCGUGCCGCCGUUCCUGGGCAAGCUCACCGCGCUCAUGUCGCUGGACCUCUCCUUCAACGCGCUCACCGGCUCCAUCCCGGCGUCCCUGGCCGCGCUCCCGCGCCUGGCCAGCAUCAACCUCAGCCGCAACCGCCUCACCGGCGCCAUCCCGCCGCCGCUCCUCAGCAAGGCCGGUCCGGAGGCGUUCCUCACGCUGUCGCACAACAACCUGUCCGGGACCGUCCCGGCCGAGUUCGCCUCUGUGAACUUCGUGCAGAUCGACCUGUCGCGCAACGCCCUCACCGGCGACGCGUCGGUCCUGUUCGGCCGGGGGAAGCUGCUGCUGGGCACCGUCAACCUGUCGCGCAAUGCCUUCAGCUUCGACAUGUCCGAGCUGGAGUUGCCGGCGCGGUUUGACUCACUGGACGUGAGCCACAACGCGAUCUACGGCGGCAUCCCGGCGCAGGCAGGGAACCUGAGCCAGCUCAUGUUCUUCAACGUGAGCUACAACCGGCUGUGCGGCGAGGUUCCGGGGAGCAUGGCGAGGUUCGAUGUGUACAGCUUCCAGCACAACAAGUGCCUCUGCGGCGCUCCCCUUCCGGCCUGCCCGCCGAUCCACGGGUGAAUGAGCAUCAGCAAGAUUAUAUUCAUGUCCACACCCACAUCUACAUUGGAGGCCUAGCCUUACAUUUGACCACAAAUUAAUGAAAGGUAGCCUAUUCUCGGUUCUCUGAUAACUCAUGUCAGCUAUUCCAUACAGAAAUCAAAUUAGUGAAAGGUAGAUGCACUAAUGAAUAAAGAAAGGGCGCAUCUGGAAACUAUUUUGUGGCAUGUAAAGAAUUCUACAAAUAAAUAAUUUUGUUGUUCAUGGUGCAAUACCUGGUAGUGUUCUUUG